AUGGAGUUCCCGCUGCCGGGAGUGGGCCGUUACCUUGCCUGGAACGCAGCCGGCCUCUUCCCCUCUGUUCAUGGUUUUCUCGCUGUGGAGAAAAGGAAGACUGUAGGGAGGAGCGCACGCGAGAGCGACCCAACUCUGUCGGUGACCGCUGAGGAGGUUUUCCCUCAGUGUGCAGAAGCGUACGCUACGGAGUCUGAAAAGGUGGCACUUGUGGUGCGGAGGAGCAUGGAGCGAGUGACUGACGGACCCCUGGGCUUCCCAGCUUUAGCCAAUAUCCCCUUCAUCGAGAGCAGAAUUCAUCUGAGCAACUCCUUAAAACCCAUCAGUUUUGGCCCAGACUGGCAGAUAGCUACUCUCGCUUUGCUGUUGGGUGGUGCUGCCAUUAUUCUCAUAGCUUUCCUGGUCGGGUUGAUCUCUAUCUGCGUGGGAUCUCGCCGGCGCUUCUACAGACCAGUUGCGGUCAUGCUCUUUGCUGCAGUCGUUCUUCAGGUGUGCAGCUUAGUCCUUUACCCAAUCAAGUUCAUCGAAACGGUCAGCUUGAAAAUAUACCAUGAGUUCAACUGGGGCUAUGGCCUGGCUUGGGGUGCAACUAUAUUUUCGUUUGGGGGUGCCAUUCUUUAUUGCCUGAACCCUAAGAACUAUGAAGACUAUUACUAGAAUCAUUUAAUGAAAAGAAAAAUAACAAAAGGAUUACCCCAUCUUUUCUAACUCACAGUUUUUUUAGAACACUUGUGGAGCACCAAACAGUCUGCUCUGUUGAUAAAAUAGCCUUUGCCUUUUGGGUGUGAACACUAUAACCAGCUUUUACAACCAUUUAAAAGAACUGCAAACACUAAGAUUGCUGAUCUUACAUAGGCAGAUGCUGCAAGCUGCUGAUACAUAAGCUUCAUUUUUCCUGACAACAAGCAAAAGGAUCUACGUGACAGCGAUCAUUGUGAGAAAACUAGUUGGAAUGAGAAUGCAAUUCCAGCAUCUGCUAUUGCCUUCAGGGGGGCAGCUGGUAGAGGCUCCAUUUAGAAGUUUCCCUGUAUCAUAGAGGAUUCAGAUGUCUGAUAAGCAGGCAAUGGCAUUUUUUACAAUAGGCUGUGUUGGCCCCUUGUUACUUGCUC